GCCUGGAGGGUAGACAGCGGCACAGCGCCUUGUGCAUAUUGGCCUCAAUUUAGGGAAGCCGAAAAUUGUUGCAGCGUAUGUGUCCGAGCUUCCAAAACUCCCAAGCUAUGGCGGAAUCAACUUUCAGGCAAACCAAUGAACCUGAUGAUGAAGAAGAAGACUACAUGGGCGAUCUCUCUAAGUUGCUUCCUCCAGAAGAUACGAGCUCUUCGAAAUCCAUGUCCAAAAAGGUUCCUGCUACUAAAACCCCUGCUGUUCAAUCAUCGAAUAAGAAGCUCAAAACCUUCAAUUGGCAAGAACAGCGCAAAUGGGAUAGAGAACGGAAGCAACUCGAAGAGGAUGAACAGACAUUGGCCAGAAUAGAGGCUCCGAUUCCACAAUCGAACAUUGGAUUUAAAUUGUUGAAGCAAAUGGGGUACACUCCUGGCGCAGCUUUAGGCAAGGAGGGAUCCGGACUGGCAGAGCCUGUGGGGCUUGAGAUUCGACGGUCACGAGCUGGAAUUGGCAGGCAAGAUCCGAUUAAGGAGAAGGUGAAGCAAGAAGAGAUUAGAGCUGAGAAAAAGAGGAGCCAUCAGGAGGCCUUGAUGGAGGAAUUUGGGUCUCGACAGAAGUUGCAAUGGCGAAGUCGAAGAAUUGUGAUCAAUUACAACAGGGCGAAGGCAGCACUUGAUCAGUUGGAGAAUAAGGAAGUUGUGGAGCCAGAGAAGGACAAUGAGGAGGAAGGAGAACAAGAAGAAGAAGAGGAAGAGAUUAUAACAGAAGAGGAUUUGGAGAAUAUUUUGAUGAAAUUGAGAGAAGAACAUCGAUAUUGCCUUUUCUGCGGAUACCAGUACGACUCAGUGGAUUCCCUCCUAUCUAACUGCCCUGGAAUAAGUGAAGAUGAUCACUGAACUAACUUCCUUUUGCUCCAUACGCUUUGCCGGAGAUGGAUUUUUUGGAAGUCGGUCCAAUGGAAGAACCACCAUAAAAUAAAGGACACAGCGCAAAAUUUCCUAAGGUCCUCUGUUGUUGAACGAGUCUCCCUUUCAUAUCUAGGGUUGCGUCAUGUGCUUUAGUAUGCCUUUUUUGUCAAUGUUCUCAACACAAACGAUAUAGUCUCUCAGAAAGAAAUCCAAUCUGAAGAUGCUGUUCAGAAAUCGGAAUAGCAAUUGUUCACUUUUGGAAUGAUUUAUCCUUGUCAAUGGACAACCAGAUAUAGAACAAGUUUGUUCAGAUUGAGGCAUAGAAGUAGGAGUUCACAACAGCGAGUCGGCUUUAUACAAUCAUACUUGGGCCAAGAUCCCUCAUACUGUGUCCUUUUGAGUGCAAAAUACGAGAGAAUUUGAACGGUAAUGUUGAAUUCCUACCUGGCAGCGGCUUGCACAAAUUUGACGGUUAAAAUGCUGUGACGUAUAUGUUGAAUACUCUUCCAGAGAACAUCUUCAUUUAUUUAAAUUUAGUGGCUUGUUAAUCUUCUUGCCAUAUUUUGAAUUUAACAAUCCUCCCUGCCUUUAUCAUAGAAAUGUGAUGCUUUAUGCAUUGUACUACUUGAGUUUGUUUUAAGAAGAAUGAUAUGGAAAUUUUGUACCAAUUUUAUCUUUUUUUAA